AUGAGUAACGACACCAAGCACGGUGGUCCGAACCCCGAGUCACCAGCGACCAAAACGGGCGAACGAGCCCAAGAUCCGGUCAUUUCCGGACGGAUCAUCAAUUGCGUGCCGCAGUUGCCUUACAGAAUCAGCAGAAACGACCAGUACUCGGCCUUGAAUGGCGAUGAUCCUAGUGACGAGUGGGACAUGGAGCCCAUCAGUGGCAACAGCGCAUUGUAUUCUUCGUUGUACUUGUUGAGAGACUCACCUGACUGGGAAGAACACGUAGUAGGGUGGACUGGUGAGAUCGACCCGGGCAACGGUUUUGCGUAUGUGGCGCCUACCGACCCGUCUCUCAAGAGCGGCGAUCACAGCGCUAAUGAAGACUCCAAGUAUAACUCGCAGGAAUCGAACGAAGAUCCCCUGUACCUCUCGAAGGAGCAGAAAAAGGUGAUGGCUUUGAAGUUGCAAUCGCAGGAAGAUUCGCAGAACAAGAUGACAGUGCAUCCCGUGUGGCUUCUUCGCAGAGAUCAAAGCCGCUGGCGUGGGUACGCUGACAAUGUAAUGUGGCCAGCACUCCAUUACAUUUUGAACCCGCCCUCGGACGGCCAGAAGGAAAACACCUGGUGGUAUGAUUACGUCAAGUUCAACGAGGCGUAUGCCGCCAAAGUCGCCCAGAUCUACAAGCCCGGCGACAUCGUUUGGGUCCACGACUACAAUCUCAUGCUGCUGCCCCAGCUUUUGCGCAUGAGAUUCGGAGACGCGGUGAUUGCGUAUUUCCACCACGCGCCUUGGCCCAGUAAUGAGUACUUUAGGUGUUUGUCGAAGCGUAAGCAACUGCUGGAUGGUGUCUUGGGCAGUAACCGUAUCUGUUUCCAGAACGAUGGUUUUGCUCGCCAUUUUGUUUCGGGUUGUAAAAGACUGCUGGAUUCCACGUCCACCAAAAACAAGAAUGCAAAAGGAGAGUGGUUGAUCAGUGCUUAUGGGGGAGACGUCGUGGUGGAUUCGCUACCUAUCGGCGUGAAUACCGAGCAAAUUCUACGUAAAGCAUUUACAUCGGACAUCGAUGCUAAAGUGAAGACCAUCAAAGACGCGUACCAAGGAAAGAAAAUUAUCUUUGGAAGAGAUCGUUUGGACUCUGUUCGAGGUGUGGUCCAAAAGCUCCAGGCCUACGAGGCCUUUUUGGCCAUGUACCCGGAAUGGAGGGACAAAGUUGUCCUGAUCCAAGUCAGCAGGCCAACGUCAACCGGGAAUGGGCUAAAGCUUGAACAACAAGUCAAUGAGUUGGUCAACUCAAUUAACUCUCAGUACGGUUCUUUGAACUUCUCUCCGGUUCAACAUUACCACAUGCGCAUACCAGAGGACGUCUAUUACUCUUUGCUUCGGGCCGCAAAUGUUUGUUUGAUCACAAGUGUCAGGGAUGGCAUGAACACCACUGCCCUAGAGUAUGUCACAGUGAAGAGCAAAGCCUCUAAAGACAAGUGCUAUGCGCAUCCCCUAGUACUAAGCGAGUUUUCCGGCUCCAGCACAGUAUUGAAGGAUGCAAUUAUUGUCAAUCCUUGGGAUUCUGUUGCAGUGUCCAAGUCGUUGAAAAGGGCCUUAUCCAUGACAAAUACUGAAAAAGACGUCCUUGAGAAGAAACUUUGGGCGAGAGUACCCACUAUACAGGAUUGGAACACAAGCUUCUUGGAGAGGAUGGUUGCAAUAGCCGAAAAGAGGGACUCUGAGGAUAGUAAGAUUACGCCCGCCUUGAACCGUCCUUUGUUGUUCAAGACGUACCAGGCUGCAAAACGCCGUUUAUUCUUGUUCGAUUACGACGGUACUUUGACCCCUAUCGUACAAGACCCAGCCGCUGCAAUUCCUAGUGCUAAACUCUUCCGAAUCCUCUCGAAACUAGCUGCUGACCCAAAUAAUCAAAUUUGGAUCAUUUCGGGCAGAGACCAGCAAUUUUUGUCCAAAUGGCUUGGCUCAAGGAUGCCGCAACUGGGACUCAGUGCCGAACAUGGAUGUUUCAUGAAAGACGUUGCAUGUGAAGAGUGGGUCAAUCUGACAACCAAAUUUGACAUGUCGUGGCAGAAAAAAGUCCACGAUGUGAUGGAUCAGAUUACAAUCCAGACUCCUGGUUCAUUUGUCGAGAAGAAAAAGGUUGCGCUCACUUGGCAUUAUCGUCGUGCUGACCCCGAACAAGGUGAGUUUUAUGCCUCUAAGCUUAAGAAAACUCUGGACGGGUUUGCCUCAGAACUGGGUUUGGAGGUAAUGGAGGGAAAAGCCAACGUCGAAGUUCGUCCAAAGUUCGUGAAUAAGGGUGAGAUUGUUAAAAGACUAGUUUGGCAUCCGCUGGGGGAAAAACAAUUGUAUGAUGACGACUUUACGAUUGAUGAAAGCGUUCCUAAAGAUCGCUUACCGGAAUUCAUUUUGUGUCUGGGUGACGACUUUACUGAUGAAGAUAUGUUUUCACAGCUCAACCACAUUGAAGAGGUCUGGCACAAAAAGUUCCCAGAUGGGAAAAAUGAUUGUGGACACUAUGGGUUCUACCCUGUCACUGUCGGAUCGGCCUCCAAAAAAACUGUCGCGAAGGCUCAUUUAACGGAUCCACAGCAAGUUUUGGAUACACUUGGACUCCUUGUCGGGGAUGUUUCCUUAUUUCAAAGUGCGGGAACCGUAGAGCUUGACGACCGUGGUCAUGUUAGGGAUAGCGAAAGCAGCAUGAAAUCUGAACAGGCUGGGGUUGCCUACAAUAUGAGGCGCACAGCCUCCUUGAAGGACGCCUCUUAA